CAGGCCUGUAUAUUGACCAGGACAAACCGGACCUACCUGCAGGCCUGUAUAUUGACCAAGACAAACCAGACAAUGGUCGGCCGGAGUACGGAGGACUUUCUAACCUGUCACCUGUGUAAGAAGUAUUACACAGACCCACGGUAUCUCCCAUGUCUCCACACGCUGUGUAAGAAGUGUAUCACUCAAGAUGUUCAAAACACUGGUGGUCAACCCGGCCACUACGCAUGCCCAUUGUGCUUCAAACCCGCGGGAUUCUCGCGAAAUAACGCCCCACAGAGUACCAUCGAAAACCUCCCAGAAAACACAAUGGUUUCGGGAAUGGUGGACGUGGUUCUGGCGCGGAAUUCAAUGAAAGUUCCAUGCCAACCAUGUUCAAGAAAGAAGAAGUCGAUCGACGCCACCCACUGGUGUCGGUAUUGUAGCGAAACACUCUGUGAUGAUUGUACAGACUUCCAUCAAUCUCUGAAGAAAACAAUGAAGCAUAAAGUCAUGGAUCUCGCUACCAUGAGGAAGAUGUCCAUCCGUGAUAUGAUGGCGCCCCCUACUUGUAAAUAUCACGAGGACGAGGUUCUAACACAGUAUUGUGAUGACCACGAGGAACUUCUGUGUAAUAUUUGUAUUGCGACGCGUCACCGGAAGUGUGGGAGUGUCCGUGAAGUGGCGGAAGUGGUGGAAACUAAACAAAAUGGCGUAAAGUCACUACAGGACAGACUUAGCGAACAGACUCGCGGUGCAGAAUACGUUGCAGACGACAGACAAAUGGCAGUCAGACAUAUGGACAACAACAUGGCAACAGUACUUGACGAAGUAAAAUCGUUGAGAAAGAGAAUUAAUGACAUGCUUCAGAAAUGCGAAAUUCAACUGGCUACAGAGCUCAAGGAAAUCGGAUCUCAGGAGAAGGAGAGACUAGGGGAACAAGUAAGGAAUGCUCAGUCACUUUUAAGUGCUGCAAGUAAUUCAAAAGAAAUACUGAAACAAUCUAAAGAAAAUGGCGGCGACAUCCACUUUCUUCAGUGGAUGAACCAAGUCGAGAAUGCCGUAGAAGACUUUUCGAUGAGAUUCCGAGGCCUAAGCACUGACAUGUCUAAACGAAACGUCACAUUUAUUGCUGACAACAAACUGACCAGUCUGACACAAAAUAUCACCAAACUCGGGACAAUUCAAGUCAGCAACCCAUCAGGCCCAAUCCACUCAAAAUCGCCAAGAUCCAAACCGUCGUCGUCAAGGUCAAAAACUCUGUCGUCAAGGUCUAGUAGCAUUAUCUCGGAAAGGUUACUGAGAAGGAGAAGCAGAACACGGUCACUGUUUAGAGAACUCACUCCGUACGCCGAUUCUGUAUUCUUAGGUGAUGACGAUGGAAGGGAAUUCCAAAAGUCACGUAAGUCCACUUCGCUACUUCCGGUAUUCUCGGCGCGGACACCCUCCGACAUUCUUCCUAGCUGGUUGACAGGAAUAGCUCAGUUGAGUACUGGCUUGUGGAUAUUUGCAGAUAAAAACAACAAAAAACUCAAACUCUGCGAUUCGUAUUUCCAGUUCAAAUCAGAGAGGAUCAUACGCGACGAACCAUUCGACGUUGCCGCAAUUGGUCAUGGCGAAUUCGCAGUCACUGUUCCCGAUGCUAGAGUGAUUGAGUUCUUCCUUGCCAUCAACGGAAUAAGCCCAAUCCGGACUAUAAAGGCUACAGAAAAGUACCACGGAAUUAGCAUAGCAUUCGAGAGGAUAGCAGUCACGUGUCUCUCCAUGUAUCCACCCGCCGUGCGGGUUCUGAUGAAGGACGGUACCCUGCUGCACCACAUAGCUCCAGAGGAUGGGUUCCGCCCACUGUUACUAAAACCGCUGUAUGUCACGUGGGAUAGUGGCGGGAGAUUUCUCUACGUGUCCGAUACACAGAAAGAUCGGGUGGUGUGUCUGGAUGCGUCUAAAACUUUAAAGUUUGAUUAUAAACAUUCCUGUCUUGCAUCACCCCGGGGAAUAGCCCGUGGGGAAGGGGAUACAUUCUAUGUUUGUGGGUGGGGCACGGAUAACAUACAGCAUGUUGACGGUCGUGGAGUCCUUAUCCGAGAACACCUCCAGCGACAUGACGGUGUCAUGGGGCCGCAGGCCGUCAGUGUCUCGCACGACAACGAAAAGCUCGUAGUGACUCUUGACCCCACCAGCUGUAAUAGUGACGUCAUAUUUGUAUUCAACACGUGAUCAUGAUGCUUGUGAUCCAUGUCUUGUUUAGAUAGGACGACAGUAAUUAUUACAUUCCUUCGUUCGGACAUCAGAAACAUCUACAUUUUCUAUCGAUGAAAUCUAUGUCCGAACGAUGAUUCUUUGAGUGAACGCCGAAAUGUACAGGGAAAAUGUGUAUUGCAGACAAUUACCGGAUGUCUUUGCGGUAAUUAGUGAUACUUUGGUCGAAUUUUAGAAUUUUCAGAACUGAAUACUCGAAGAACUUUGGUUUAUCUUGCGAGUAAGACUGUCGUAUUCAUGUAAAGAGUAUAGCGUUUACUACUUGGAAAAAUCCAUAUUUUCCACUACGUUUACUUUUGACGACCUAAACUUUAUUCAAACGAAGGAAUGCAACUUUAAGUACAAGACUAAUAGGCGCUACCAUUUUUAUAUAAUAUUAGAAAUAAUAGUAUUUAAAAGCAGACUCUUACAUUAAAAAAUACACAUGAUCAAAUCAUUCAUAUUCUACUGUGUAAUAGGUAUUUUCGUUGUAUCAACGUUUUUUGCCUAUAAUUCACAAUUCAUCAUUAAAGGAAACUCCAAAAACAGGGAGUAUUGAAAUAUAGUCAAUUAACAGACCAACGUGAAGGUCAUUAUAUGACCUUUCAUAGGCGCUAUUAAGAUUUUCGAUAUUUUUUUUUCAUACCGAAUAAAAGACAUUUUACUU